AUGCAAAAGAAGUACUGUUGGGAGAUAAGGAGGUACAAUGGUAGUCACACUUGUACCAGAUCUACUAUUUUUCAAAACCAUUCAAAACUGGAUUCCAAAACAGUUGCAGAAGUAAUUAAGCCGUUGGUAGAAGUUGACCCAUCUAUAAAGGUGAAAUCAGUCAUUACGAAAGUACAGUCAAAGUUUAACUACACUCUCAGUUAUUGCAAAGCAUGGUUAGCAAAGAAGAAGACGAAGGAGUCAAUUUUUGGAGGUUGGGAAGCAUCGUACGAAGCUUUGUCUAUAUGGUUUGAGGCCAUGUGUCACAAGGAGCCAUUAGCAGUGGACAUUCAGAUACUGCAAGCCAGUAGUGCAGGUGGACGGGACUCAUUUGUAAUUUUGUAUGGAAAAUACAAGGGUUGUUUGUUGGUUGCAGUCUUACAAGAUGGCAAUAACAAUAUCGUGCCUAUUGCAUUUGCCAUAGUGGAAGGAGAGACUUCUGAUGCAUGGUACUUUUUUCUAAGUAACUUGCGUCAAUAUGUGGUGACACGUGAUGGUGUAGAACUUAUCUCUAAUCGACACGAUUCUGUCAGGACAAUUCGGGAGUUCCAGAUGCGCUAUCAACGAUUACGCGAACAGGGUGAGACUUACACCAACUGGCUUGAUCGGAUCCCACGUGAGCAGUAUGCUUUGGCAUUUGAUGGUGGAUACCGAUGGGAUCAUAUGACCACCAAUCUUGUAGAGUGCAUUAACUCCGUCUUGAAGGGAUCACACGAUCUCCCAGUCAUUGCGCUUGUAAAGGCUACAUUUUACAGACUGAAUGAGUUGUUUACUAGAAAAAGAACCGAGGCUGAUGCUCGAAUUAAUGCUGGACAUGUGUUCUCUGAGCUGGUGACCUCCAAGUUGCAUGCAAAUCAACGAGCAUCGGAAAACAUACUGGUUAGUUGCUUUGACAGAGAAAAUGAAGUCUUUGAAGUACGUGAGAUGCCUAGUAGGGUUAAGUAUGCAGUUGACCUACGCCGAUAA